GCGCACGACGCACACACGCGCUCUAAGACCACACGCACACAAACAUGGCGGCCUCGGUAUCACCGCUACGCUCCUCCUUCAGGAUUUGCAGCCCGCUAACGUUACACCAUCACUGCUGCCGGCUGAAACUGCGGACGCACAGAAGAUGCGACAGUCAACGGAGACACCUGCACCAGUCGGCGACGAGGCAUGCUGCUGUGGUGAUUUCGGGGACAGAGUUGGCUCGUCAGCUUCACAGAGAAAUCCAGCGCGAUGUGGAAGAGCUGGUCGCUCAGGGCAACAUGAGACCCCAUCUCGGCGUGGUCCUGGUGGGGGACGACCCCGCCAGUCGUACCUACGUGAAGAACAAGACCCGGGCGGCCAGCAUUCUGGGUAUUUCCAGUGAUACAGUGGUGCGGCCCACCUCGGUGUCCCAGGAGGAGCUGUUGGAGCUGAUUGACAAGAUGAACCGUGACUGGAGGGUCAGCGGCCUGUUAGUGCAGCUGCCCCUUCCCGAGCACAUCAAUGAGCGAGCAGUGUGUAAUGCCAUCGCUCCGGAGAAGGAUGUGGACGGUUUCCAUAUUGUGAAUAUUGGGAAGCUGUGUCUGGACCAGAGAUCCAUGGUGCCUGCCACGCCUGCAGCUGUCUGGGAGAUCAUCAAACGGGCCGGUAUUGACACAGUGGGGAAGAACGUGCUGGUUGCGGGUCGCUCCAAAAAUGUCGGAAUGCCCAUCGCAAUGUUGUUGCACACCGAUCGUAACCAUGAACGCCCUGGGGGAGAUGCCACGGUGACCAUCGCCCACAGAUGUACACCGAGGGAGCGGCUGAAGGAGCUCACCUGCCUGGCGGACAUCAUUAUUGCAGCAGCAGGUGUUCCCCGACUGAUCACAGCAGAUAUGGUGAAAGUGGGAGCAGCCGUCAUCGACGUGGGCAUAAAUCGCAUCCACGACCCGAAGACAGGAAAACUCCGGCUCAUUGGUGAUGUGGACUUUGAGGGAGUGAAGGAGAAGGCAGGCAUCAUCACCCCUGUGCCUGGAGGUGUGGGUCCGAUGACAGUCGCCAUGCUGAUGAAGAACACUGUGACUGCUGCAAGAAACGCACUGAUGCAUUGAACACAGACACAGUAGAAAGUCAUUAAUUUUAAUGGAUUGCAAUAGAAUACAAUAUGUUUAUGCAUACAUACAUACAUCGAUGCAUCAAUUUCAGGUAUACAUACAAGCACGCACGCACGCACGCACGCACGCACACACACACACACACACACACACACACCCACCUUGCCAAACAUUUAACACACUUUUUAAUUUAAAAACCCCAUGAGCUCAAGACUCCAUUUCUGCUGGGAAAGUUAUUUUGAUAUAUUCUUUGUUUAUAUUUGUGCAUUUACUUGUUUAAGUUAUUUAUUUCAGAGAUCACUUUUUGUGACUUUUAGAUUCAUAUUUUUUCUACUGAAUUAGUUCUGAUUAAUUUUCGAACAUUCCAGAUGCACUGGAAAAGGAAUAGUGAAUAAAAACAACAACAAUGUCGUGCCAAUA